GUGAAAAGUCGUUGCUGAUAUCCGCCGUCCUAGUCAUAGGCCAAACACUGUGGGUGUCCUUCGGCCUUGUGUUUGUUUGGAGAGAGGAAAGAUGAUGAUGAUGCGACGAGGUGCUGCUGUGGUGGCGGUGGUGCUGUGCGCGUGGGUCACGCUGGCACACGCCGGGUCCUUUGACCCCAACCGCCUUCGGUUCAUCAAGGCUGUUCACGUCCCAGAGUACAACCAUUACAACAUGUUGUUCCGCGGCGAUCUGCCAAUCACAAAGAACCGCACGUUUGCGUACGACGAGCUCACCACAACCAUGCGCAAGGCUGCCAAGGAAGCCGCAAACCUCACACUCCCUUCCAAAUUCUACCUCAUCGACCUCAGCUUGCUGGAUCCGCUGGAGUUCCCCGACCAGAUUGUUGAGGAGAACUUCUUCAAGAAGAACCCUGACCUCGGUCAGUACAUCAACUGGCUCACGGUCGGAGAUGUCGUGCAUCCGGAUUCCCUCGGCCCAAAGCUGCGCGAGAAAAUGGCCAGGAACCUCACCAACUGGCAGCUCGAUAAGCUGCCCACGCGCAUGGCGGAGAUUGACCAGUUCCUGGGCGUGCAGAGGGACAUCCCCCACAUCAUCUACAUCCACUGCGAAGCAGGGAUGGACCGCACGGGCGAGAUGUCGGGCUCGUAUUACAUGCACGCGCUCAACAUGACGUUCCAGCACGCCCUCGCCAUCGACAACUCUCUCGAGACCCGAAACAUCUCCAUCUACAGCCAGAAUGCCUUCCAGUGGUACUGCUACUUCCUGUACUACACCAAGGAUUCCUGGCGCAACUGCAAGCUGAACUGAAGAAAUGGAGGGAAGACAAAUGAUGGAAAGGAAAAGGGCACCCUGUUGGUUGUUGAUGUGCUGUGUUCUGUCACGUUACACAGAGCUGACUCAUGUUGGUUUGCUGGCCUCGCUGUUUGCUUGUCCUGUUAGCCGUGUUUGGCUGUCACGCGUCUUCAUUGGAACGCCUGCCUGCUUGCUCGCUUGCUCGCUUGCUGGUGUGAUGACACCACACACAAGUCGUGCAAACGCAUCGUAAACUGCGCAGGAUGACUGCCUACUCGAAAUUUAUUUAC